AUAGUCCAUCCCAGAAAGUGCUAACCGAGUUAGCUUAGCCGUGUGUGCUCCAUGGUGUUCGCCUGGUCACGAGCUGGUAAAGUAACGUCAGUCGAUAAAGCGGCAGUCGUCAUUUCAUCCUCCCGGAGUCGAGACGCACAUUGCGGCUUUAAAGUGACGUGGAGGGUCCACAAUGGUGAAAAUAUUCAUCGGGAACCUGUCACCAGACACCACAUCAGACGAACUUCGCUCUCUCUUCUCCCAGUAUGGCAAGAUUGCAGAAUGCACCAUUGUCAAGAACUUUGGCUUUGUGCACAUGGAUGACAAAGCGGAGGCAGAAGAAGCCAUCCGCAACCUCCACCACUACGAGCUCAAUGGCCAGCCCAUGAACGUAGAGCUGAGCCGCGGCAAGUCAAGAGGAUCCACAAAACUACACGUCGGCAACAUCGCCUGCACCAACCAGGAGCUACGGGCCAAGUUUGAAGAGUUCGGUGCUGUGUUGGAGUGCGACAUAGUAAAAAAUUAUGCUUUUGUUCACAUGGAGCGAAUGGAGGAUGCGAUGGAGGCCAUUAAUCAGUUAGACAACACUGCUUUUAAAGGCAAACUGAUGAGCGUGAAGCUUUCGACUAGCCGCCUGCGUACUGCGCCGGGAAUGGGAGACAGAUCGGGUUGUUAUCGUUGCGGGCAGGAAGGCCACUGGUCCAAAGAAUGCCCUCUAGACCAAAAUGGCUACCACAGAAACGGCUCAGAGCCAAAGUCUGAUGGAUACGAUGCCUCGAGAUUCGGCGGGCGUGGUCGCAGCAGGGGUUAUCAUCCGGACUUCAGUGGCGAUCCAGAUUAUGGCUAUGCUCCUGUACAUGGUUUUUCCCGGGGCGCCGGUCACAGCAGCGGCAUGGCGGGGUACAGACGGGGCGCAGGCUACGAGAGUGCAAUGAGAUACGGGCCGCAUCCAGGUUACGGCAUAAGCGCUGUUGCUGAACAUAGCAUGGCUCGGAUGUACGGCAGCGAGGCGGCAUACAGGAGCAACGGCUCACUCUAUGGCGCGGUACCAGCCUACCCAAUGCGACGUUCGCCUUACGAGGAAAGGGAUCCGUACGGGGUCGUGGACUACUACGAGAAGUACAGGGCCAAUUCUUACGGAGGCAGUUAUUUCGAAGAACGUCGCGCUGUCCCCUUGCCUGCUCCAUCAACAUCCUCCUCUACGGCUUUAAUGAGGGAACGUCUUCCCCCCUCUAGCCUCGACCCAUACGAGUGCCCCCUUCCUCCUCCACCAGCCCCAGUCUCCUCAUACUACGCACGUGACCGGAGUCCGAUUCGGAGAGUCCCUGCCGAGGCAGAUGGAUAUGCAUAUGAGCGUUCGCGCCUUUCCCCGGUGCCCAACCUCCCAAGAAGUUCUACCUAUGAGCAUCCGCGGGAUCCCGGUGCUGAGCGGGCACGAUAUACAUACUAAUCCUUGUCCCAUACAGCCAGGUGAGAGCUGUCUGACAUUUUGUGGAUAGGGUAGCCUAAGUGCCAUUGGAAUCACUGCAAAUUAAACAGUAUAUAUCAUUGGUAAUAUUAGAAGCAAAAUUCAGCCCUGUGUAUGUGAGGCGUGUGGGUAGUAACAAUAAGGUUACAAUAAAGCUUGCCCAUCACAAGAGCCAACGGGUAGAGUAUGAAUGGUUUAUUGCAUUCACAGUACGUUGUGAUCUAAUUUUCAGGUUAUACUUCAAAAUGCAGUACGACUAAUGCUCAGUUGACCACCUUUCAGUGUCCCAUUUACGUGUUGUGGUGCAGUUCUGAGGUGGCUUAGCCUAAAUGUGGAGGUGCAGAUGCUGGGUUUAUCUCCAACCUGGGUGAGGUCUGUUCAUCUUACUGUAAGAACUGAACUUGUGCCCUAAUUAAAGUACAUACAUGUUCAUACACUAUUUACUCUGUUAAUAGAAAAAAUUUAAUUAGUGCAUGUGCAUGUCUUUAAAGGUGAGUGUUUAGGGUUAUGUUGUUUCAAUUUAAUACAUUCUUUUCAGCCACAUCUGAUGUAUUACUAUGUGCAUUUUAGCGUAUUUGUGUCCGUGUAAGUUCACAUUGUUACUGCAUAUGUGAAGCAAUGGCAAAACAAAUUUGAAUACUGUAUGCUCCGUCAACUACGUUGUUUAACUCGUACCAAAUAUGGAUCGGCACAGUGUAAAAAAUGGUUACACUUCUGUAUUUGGGUUAUAUCAAACCUUUUGUGAAAUUACAUUGUAUCAAGGUGCAUCGUGAUCAUGUUUUUUUCCCUUGUCAGUAGACACAUUACUUACAUUAAAUGGAUUUUCAUUGCUGUGAUAAAUAUAAGGGUUCAAAUCUUAAACAUAUGUUGUAGUUUCAUAAUGAAAAUGACCUCAAUUGCCUAUGCUGUCUGUCUUGAUUUCUAACUAUUAGAUUAAAAUUAAAAUCUGUCUGUCUAAAGUCUGAA